AUGGCGCAAACCGCCCAGAUAUGGCUCCUUGUCAAUGCCUCACUCAUCGGCAUCAUCAUCGUCCCAGCCAUCGUCGUGUGGUUUCUGACUCUUGGUCUCGCGCGCAAACGAGGCGACCCAGCACGCGUGUCAUUCACCUGGUUGAAAGCAUGCCAUCCCUUCUUCGUCCUGUCUCUCAUCUUGAUGGUCAUCUCCGACGUUGCUGCCGUCAUCCUCACGUCCUGGCAGUACAGCACCGGCAGCUAUGACACAAUAAACCACUCCGACGACGCCAUUCGCGGCCUCAGCCAGACGUACACGUACUCGGGACAGAUUGGCGUCUUUUUUGAACGCAUCGUCAACGCCCUGUUCGUGAUCGUGUUUGCCGAGCUGGGCAACGGCUUUCGCUACGCGCAGACCAAGAAGCCGCCUCCGUAUCGGAAUGCCGUACGCAUUGCCGCGUUUGCGGCGGCGGUCAUCAUUUUUGCCCUUUCCGUGGCCUACUUUGCGUUGCCGCUCGCCGCCAAUGUGCAGUACUAUCAGUCCAGGUCGUCUGACGACUACGUGGCCAUCGUGGUCGCCGGGGCAAAGGCAAGGAGGCUGAGGGCCGCAGGAGACGCCAUCAAUUUUGUCGUUUCCGUCGCGCAGGUUGUCUUUGCUGUGCUCGUGGCUCGCCAGCAUGCCGGGCUUCCUGGGAGAAAGUCUGUCACUCUUUACCUCGUUGCCACUAUCCUCGACCUCGUCCGCUGGGUCGUCCUGAUUGUCCUUCUCGGGGCGUGGAUCAUGCCUGCGUCGGAAGACAUUCCCGACGCCUGGAACGUCGUCGAUCCUCUCUUUGACACCUGGAUCCGCUUCAUCAUAUUGGUGCUGCUGCUCGUUGUCGGCAACCGCAGGCAAGACGGCGUCUGGAGCACCAUCCAACACUGGAUGCAGGGUCAUCAGGCGGCGUAUCCCCAGCAAGCCGUGCCUCCGUACGGGCCAGUGUCGAAUCAGCCCGCGUACUACCAGCAUCAGCAGCAGAAUCCAGGAUGGCAGUAUUCGCUGUCGGGUGUCUCUCCCGCCGGCGCGUAUAAUCCUCACGAACUUCCGUCCCAGCAGGUAGUGAGGCCAGAGGAGCUCGACUCGAGUCAGAUGCAGCCGGUGUAUGCGCAUCAUGGUGCGGUAGAAGUUCCGGCUGAGAAGACGGCGUAG